AUGUUCGUUUCCGAGGUCUUAAGAAUACAUCCGAUUGGAAAUGGAGCGAUUCGUAGAUAUGCUGUAGAAGAUACGGUCAUCCAAGGAAUUGGAAUUGAAAAAGGUACUGCAGUGCAUGCUGAUAUUUAUUCAAUCCAUUUCGAUCGUGAACUUUGGGGUCCAGAAGAUCCAUAUGUGUUCUUUCCUGAGCGUCAUAAAACAAAACGACAUCCAAUGGCUUACCUACCGUUUGGAGCGGGACCACGACAUUGUAUUGGCAUGCGUGCCCGGCAGGGGCUAGACGACAAUGCUACCCUACAUGAAAUCGCUACAUUACGUCCAGAUGGAACAUUCACUGGUGUCAAUUCCGAUGAAGACAUUAAUCUUUAUUCAGACAAUCCAGAAGAUUUGGGAUAUACUGAUCUGAAUGGUGUCUGGAGAUGUGCUGGCAAACCUGGUCAAAUCACAAUCAGUGCAUUGGACUUCUCAUUUCCAAAUUUGAGACUCCCAUGUACAAGAGUAUUAGAGCGUACAACAUACACACUUGAGAUCAACAAAGAAUGUACGCAAGUCUCAGGUGGAUUAACAUAUAGCGGAUAUCAAUUGGAAUCGACUUCUAGUGCUAAUCAAAAACAACAAGUAGUUUUGUAUGGUCCGUAUUCAUGGACAGUUCAAUGGUACAAAGUAUUCGAUUUAUGUGAGAAAAAGAAAGAGAAACAUUCGUAUGGUGGAAAAGGGAAAUACGAAUGA